GUGGACAAAGGGUGAUUCCCGGUUUGCCUAUAUAGUUGCCCGAUAACCGCAUUUCGCACCAUUACCACGAGACGCUGCGAGGAGAGAGGACGCAUCGUGAACUUUGGAUAUUACAAUUAGGAGGAUUUACUUUACUUGUUUGGAAGAUAUAUCAAGAUGUUGGACAACGAACUCAACAGAAACGAAGUGCAAGUCAUGAAGAGAGAGAACAUGUCCCAGCAACUGGGCAUGUCUUCGUCUCAGAUGGGUGGCCCGUUCGCCGAAGUUUCAUCAACAAUGGCUGUACCGGAGACGCCGAAAGGUGGCGUUCUAGUAAAGGUUUGCUAUGCCGGAGCGUGUUAUAACGAGGGUCAGAUGAAGAAACGGGGAAUCCGACCUCGUUUUCCAGGUAUAAGAGACACUUCACUAUAUCCAGGGUAUGAAAUUGCCGGUGUUAUUCACGAUGUGUGCAACACAAUUCCCAACUGCAAUUACACUCCUGGCGACAAAGUGAUCUUGUUUCCUGAAGAAAGUCUGGCAAGUUCUGGUUAUGCCGAGUAUAUCCCUGUACAAGACUCAGGAUGCAUUCUUCAACUACCUCAGAACAUGGGCUUGGAUGUGGCCGCCAUGUUGCCCGGUGGUGCGCUCACUGCUUACGCUGCCGUCACAUGCGCCAAACCACACGUUGAGAAACUCCAGAAAGUGAAAUCUUGCGUCAAUGUCCUCCUAGUCGGAGCUGGUGGACUUGGACUCUGGUCAUUGCGAAUUGCCCAAUACAUCAUGGGAUCUAACUGCUCGAAUGUGAAGCUAUUUGUGGCCGACAACAGCAUUGAUAAACUUCUCACAGCUCAGGAGCACGAAUGUUAUGACAUUAUUCACUGGAAUGAAGAGGACCAUGAGGAAUACAUCGUGGAGAGAACUCUUGAUGCCUGCAGAGGAGGUGUCGACAUCAUCAUUGACUUUGUCAGCUCCCCAAGAACCAUGAGUAGAUCUCUGAAAGUUCUCAAUAGGGAGGGUCUUAUACUCGUCGGCGGCAACAGCAUGACAGAAGUUAGCAUCAGCCUCAACACCCUCGCUGCCAAGCAGCAGAGCAUCGUUGGAGUCCCCAAGGGAAAUCUCAAUCAGCUGCAAGAACUUGUUGAUGCAGUGUCUCGGGGAGAGCUCCGUGCUCCUCUGUACAACAUUUUCAAUGUUGAAGAUGCCAACCAGGUGUAUGAAGAUUUGAGCGAGUGUCGAAUCACAGGCCGAGCCAUCUUCAAGUUCGCCAACAGCACAUCCAACCUGGAUAACUGACUUUGAGGACCAGAGUUUUAACUGUGCUACAAUACUUUCAAUAGAGUCCAAGGUGACCUUGAUCAUGUUGCCAGGAACUUUGAUGGUGCUGCGCCGAGAUGGCAUGUGACUUCAGGAAUGUGUGUUGCAAGCAGUGACGGUUGCCAUGGACGCUGGUUGCAGUAUCCAUUGCCAUGACAACAAAACGUACCACGGUUUCCGACACUUCCUAAGAGCGGAGCAAGGUUGUUGGGGACCUUGAUCGAAGUCUUUCAAGAACUGGAUUGCCCACGAUGAAAGUUCCUUUCGAAGAUCUGAUGUUACUAGUCUUGCUCGAUGAUCAAAUAUGGAGUAGGAUCACACUAGGUCUAGCUCACCUAAUAGAUGAUGAUGAUGAUGUGAACAUGACACGUGGUGACAGUAGCAGAGCACUCUCUUCCAGCUUCGGAUAUCCACAUUUGAUACUAUAGGUGAAGACUACCAGAUAUCUGACUGGAAGAAUGAAUAGCAAAAUAGUGCUUGUGAUUAUCAUUGGGAGAAAAGGACUUGUAACAAUCGCUAUUGUAUGAAGUGCUUAACUUAUGUGAUGUGCCCCUAGUGCUUGGCCGAUCAGCCGGCCGUUUACUUAACAUAGUGCGUGAAAGGGGACGUAACUCUUUACUCAAUUGACUGGAAUUGAUUAUUCCGCCACUGUGAUGUUGACCUAAAAACUUAUUGAAUGGCAUUUUUGUUGUGGUCGGUGUACAGAUCUGUACACUUGUUCAGUCGUGUUCAGAAUGGAUGGAAGAUUGUUCAUAGUUCAGGUUUUGUAUGUAUAUUUAUGUAAAUAUUGUACGAGCGAUUGAGCAAGUGUGCCCGGUGUUUUUGUAUAAAGUCUGAGAGCAAAGAAAAAAGUUUGAAAAAUACUUAAAUAAAAAAAUAUUAAAUAAUUCA